UAAGAAAUAUAUUAACAGAAUUACUCUUUACCCUAAUCCCUUUAAUUUUGGCACCUCUUCAUUUUCCCGAGAUGUACAUUUGGACCAAUAAUGUUUCCAGACGUGAUUGAGCAUUUUUUUUAUUUGAUUUUCUUUAUUUGAUAAUAAAAUCACUCUGAACAUUGGCACCUUAGAGUGUGAGGAAUUAGAUAAGUGGAAUUAAAUAUACAAUUGGAUAUGUGGAAUAAAAUAUACAAUUGGAUAUGUGGAAUAAAAUAUAGAAUUGGAUAUGUGGAAUAAAAUAUAGAAUUGGAUAUGUGGAAUAAAAUAUAGAAUUGGAUAUGUGGAAUUAAUCAUAAAGUUGAAUAUGUGGAAUUAAAUAUAGAAUUGGAUAAGUGGAAUAAAAUAUAGAAUUGGAUAUGAGGAUUUAAAUAUAGAAUUAGAUAUGUGGAAUUAGAUACAGGAUUAGAAUGUGAAUUAACCUUAUAGCUUUGCAAUCCCAACUAUUAGACGUCCAUUACUGGAAUGAAAGACACUUGCUGAUAGUUUAAAAAUCAUAUCUCUCUCAGCUGUGGACACAAUAUUAGCCAUUUUUGACAUACAGGAAUUCAGGCAAAACUAUUAAUAAUCUGAAGAUAUAUUAAAAGUUUUUUCUCUUAUAGAUUUCUUGCCCUAAUUUUUACUAAUGUAUCUGUGUAAUAAAAGGAUUACAACUGCUACUUCCUCUUACAUUAUUUGUCAAGGGAAAGAGUUAUCUACCGAGGGGUUCAAACAGAUGAAACAAUGUGGCAAAUAUUACCCCAGUUGCACGCAAGCAAUAAAUAAAAUAAGUGUAUUGUAUGCAGAAGAUAGGAAUGGAAAAAAUGUGAUUAUAUUUCAAGUGACGGAUAUUUCUAAACAAGGUUGUUGGGGUCAUAUGUUGCAAGUGACAGACGAUUUGGGAACAAAGACAAUUUAUUUCAAUUUUGAAACAGAAGACAAAGACUUUGUCAAAUAUGUUUACUUUCGUCUUGGAUUUAAAUAUAAUUUUACGGUUACAUCGUUACCUGGUGGAAAGUCUUUGAGUUUGGUUACCUCAGCACCAGGUAAGUGAUUGCUUUUCAUCCUCACCCUCACUAUCAUUUUUCUCGUCUCAGGUAAAGGUAGCGAAUUUUUAACACCGUUUUCUUACUUUUUUUGCAUAAAUGAAUUAUAAUACUUCCACAACAUUCAUUUUCACAUUAUAUACCUGUUUCUUAUACUGAUUUUUUAUUCUACCUAGGAAUUUAGUUACUAAUUUCAAUUUUAUUACAAUUAUUAUUUUUCAUUGAACCCCCUUAUAUUUUAAUUGUUAUUUCUUUCGUAGAUCGAUGCGAGUUAAAUGUUAUGGAACACAUCUACUAUAGUACGUUACAAAAAAAUACAUUAAAUUUUCCUAUAAUUAAACUUAUCUUUUUUCUAUUUGUGCAAAAGAUUUCGAUAAACAUAAUAGCUUUUUUUAAUCUCUUUAAUAUACCCGUAUACGUCUGUUUGUCUGUCACGCAAAAUGGUAGCUUAGCUGCGCAAGUAGCGAGACCAACGCAGUGCGGUAUAAAAAGGACGGGCGAACCCGUGGAUUUUUCCACGGACUAACGACUAGUUUAUUAUUAUUUCUUCUGCUGUAGAACUUCAAAGUCAGAAACAUUUUUUCAAGAAUUGUGAAAUGCCAAGUAAGUACUUUAUUUGAAGAUUUUGACAGAAGAUAAAAUCAGAUUAAGGUCAUUGAGGUUAAUAUGACCAAGGCUCAUGGUAUACUAAGGUCAAACCUAUUGUCUAUUCCUGUGUGUUUUAAUGUUUCUUUGCUGAAACAGCAGUUUCAGUUUACACAGCGGAAUUUCGUUUCUUACCAUUUUUUCUCGUGAUUUAUGACCACACGCCCCAUAGUUCACUAAUAACA